AUUAGACGGAGGCUGGUCAAGCUGUUAUAGACAGCAUGGAAAUGUACAAAAUAGUAGUGGUUAAUUUGUGUGUGGCAUACAUCAUUCUGUGUCCACACACGGUCAGUUCUAGUCUUCAUGGGAGUGUUGUGUCGAUACUAAAUAUCUGGUUUAAUGACAUGGGCAGAAAAAUCUCCGUAAUAGAUGAGACAUGUGACGUCAUAGAAUCGUCCUUAAGAUCUCCCGAAUGUGAUGGGGAUAGGGAAGCUUGUUGGAAUGUCACUCUACCAGAAAGUGUGCUGGAGAUUAAAACCAUAAUGGACACAGGACUGGAAGAAUUAAAUAAGACACUGGAAAUGUUUACGAAUGAACUCCGCCAACUACGGGUGAAGAAGGACGAACUAAUGGACCGUGCUAUCAGAACUACCCCACAGCCGACGCCGACGACACCCGUGCCGGAGGAGGAAGAUUCGGGGUCAGCUAUGCAAGGGGAUGCGGUCCAAGAUGAGGAUGAUUAUACAGACGGCGUGGCAGUUAGCUGUCCUCCUGGCUGGAUAACGAUCGAAGGUUUCCCAAAAUGUUAUUACGUCGCAAAGAGAAACGAGAAAGCUAACUGGAACACUGCAAAGGCCGCUUGCUUUAAAAAAGGAGGAAAACUGGUAGAAAUAAAGACAGAUGCUGAAGCAGCAGUACUGAAGGAUGCAGUUAUCCCCCCUCUCAGCGUGUAUCACUACGCGUAUGUAGGCCGGAGGAAACUGUCAAACUCCAACAUGUGGGUGUUUCUGACCAAUGAGGAACCAGUUAAUCUUUCACUGCGGUCCUGGAACAAACCGGAUGAGACGACCAGAAAUGAUUGUGGGUGUGUCAGUCGGGAUUCGGAGUUUAACAUGGUUGACUGUGUAUGUUCAGGCAUCAAAAUGUAUUACAUCUGUGAAAAAUCUGGUUAAACUGAUUUUUGGUAUCAGCGAACUUGCUCCAGGAAUAAUUUAGCAGAACUUUCACCUCUGUAAAAUUAUAACACUUUAUGGUGUAAUAUUACUCUGUUAAAACUAUAAUUCCCAGAAAAGGCAUAUUAUUGCUUACUGCAUUUCUGCUAUUCCUAGGGAUAAGGGUUGAUGUUAUGCUAUGACUUUACAUUUGAAUGACGUCAUUUAAGACAAACUCGUUUUCAAAUGGGACGCCGUGAUUUUGUGAGAUUUUUUUUUAAACAAUCCUGUAUAAACAAUGUGUAAAUGAAAAUGGCAAUUGAUUAAAACUAUAUUGGAGAAAAAACUUGGUAUGUUUUAAAUAUACCCAAAAGCCCUAAUAAUGUUUUCCUUGUGAAAUUGCACAUAGAAAUAAUUGCGCUAACAUUUCUACCAUCAAAUAUUCACCUCAACGUCAUUAAAAGGUAUAGUUCAUUAAAUGUUUUCAUUUACAUAGUAACUUCCUACCCUCAAAUGUCGUGGUAAGUCUCUACCACCAAAUGAUGUCUUGGCAUACGUAUGUUUUUUUUAUAUAUAUAUUGACAUGAUUGAAUCUUCACGGUAAACAUUUUACAUCAACUGAUCAUUGCUUCGACUUCAUCGUAAGCAUCAACCAUCACUCGAUCACUUUAAGGUCGUGGUAGUUAAUCUGAUCCACGAUUGUAUUCUGGUUUGAAAAAAAAGACAAAUACGCAGUAUUUUCCCUUUCAAUAGCAACUGAAGGUCAUUCCUAAGUAAAAAAGUACUGAUAUGCUGACUGUAUUAUUUUUGUGGAUGACCGACAGAUUCUGACAACUACCUAACGGUUUCAAUUAUAAAGAC